AUGGAGCAACUCGUCGACGCCGGCAAAACACGAGCAAUCGGUGUCUCAAACUUCAGCAUCCCGCAGCUCGAGAGGCUCUUGUCCUUCGCCCGAAUCAAGCCUGCGUGUAAUCAGGUCGAGGCACACCCUUGGUUUCCCCAGAACGAGAUGCUCGACUUCUGCAAGCGCAACGGCAUCGUAUUCGUGGCCUACUCUCCGCUGGGAACGCAGCCAGGAGGUAUGCACGAGAUCAAAGCGCGGUUGAUGGAUGACGAGGACGUCGUGGCGGUCGCUGAAAAGAACGGGGUCGAUCCUGCUCAGGUUCUGAUUGCGUGGGCUCUCCAACGGGGCACGGUCGCGAUUCCAAAGUCCUCGACUCCCAGCCGCAUACAGUCGAACUUCAAUGUCCCGGAAUUAUCUCACGAAGACUUCCAGCUGAUUGACGAGAUCAUCGUCCGAGAUCCGAGCAAGAGGAAUCGAUUUGUGAAUUUCGACCCUAUUUGGGGGACAUCACAGUUUGACUACGACCCUUGA